ACGAAGUAGCACAACAAUGGCGAUUUCUCAGCAAUUUCUAAACCCUACACUCUUCAAAUCCUUAGCUUCCUCAAACAAAAACUCGCCUACUCCUUUCUUUCGACUCAAGUCCACCUCCACAACUUUCAAUUUCAAACCACUUACUUCCUCCUCCUCUGCUACAAUCAUCACACGCGCCGCCGUAUCAUCCUCCGAUUCAGGCGAGUCAAAAUCCAGGGAGACUUUCCACGGCCUCUGCUUUGUCUUGAAAGACAACAUCGACACCGAUCAAAUCAUCCCCGCCGAGUACGGCACUCUCAUCCCUUCGAUUCCAGAAGAUCGCGAAAAGCUCGGCUCUUUCGCGCUUAACGGCUUACCAAAAUUCUACAAUGAACGUUUCGUUGAGCCAGGAGAGAUGAAAUCAAAGUACUCCGUCAUCAUCGGCGGCGAUAAUUUCGGUUGCGGAUCUUCCCGCGAACACGCUCCGGUUUGCCUCGGCGCGGCGGGAGCUAAAGCCGUGGUGGCGGAGUCGUACGCUAGGAUCUUCUUCAGGAACUGUGUAGCUACUGGUGAGAUCUUCCCGCUGGAAUCGGAGGUUAGGAUCUGCGACGAGUGCAAAACAGGGGAUGUGGUGACCAUCGAACACAAGGAAGACGGUAGUAGUUUGCUGAUCAAUCAUACGACGAGGAAAGAAUACAAACUUAAACCGCUAGGUGAUGCCGGUCCGGUGAUCGACGCCGGUGGAAUCUUCGCUUAUGCAAGAAAAGCCGGCAUGAUUCCUUCUGCUUCCUCUGCUUCCUCUGCUUCCUCUGCUUGAGUAUAAUAUAAUCGAAUCCAUAAUUUCUGGUUUUCGGUUUAUACCGGUUUGGGUAACUUGGUUCGCUAACCGGUACUAGCGAAAUAAAGUAUAACCAAUCCA